UCAUUCGCAAUCUCAAUCACCGCCGGCGAUGGGCCUCUCCAACUCUCUCAGCGACGCCUCCGGCGACUCGAUCCCGAUCCUUCUCGUCGUUGCGGCCGCCGGCUGGGUCUCCUACCUCCGAUCCUUGUUGUUGUGUCUCCUCCACUCUCUCGGCCUCUCUCGCUCCGCCGCCGCCCCAAUCCUCUCCGCUGCCUCGGGAUCCGGCCUCGCCAGCCUCAUCGCCCUCGCCGAUACCCUCAACGCCGCUCGUCCCUCCGCCUACGACGGCCCCGAUGAGGAUUGCGUUGUUUGCCUCUGCGGCCUCGCCCGUGGCGAUCGUGUCCGACGGCUCUCCUGCUGCCACGUGUUCCACGCCGAGUGUUUGGACGGCUGGCUCGAUCAGAUGAAUCUCAGCUGCCCACUUUGCCGUUCCCCGCUCGCCGCCGAUAGCGAUGCCGCCGACCGCCGGAUCGGCGCCGAGCUCGUCGCUUGGCUCUCUCCCUCUUACUGAAUCCCUCCGUUCCGGUCUCGAUCGUACGGCUGUGAUGAUCUCUGUGUCGUUGUCGUUGAUGAUGAUUAUCUCUAUCCUGCUUUUAAU